AUGGACCCAGUGGUGGACGGCCUAUCCGAAAAGAACGCGGAGGCCGCGAACGGGAAUGGGGACCCGCCAGCCUCAAGUGAAAGCGCCAAAAGGAAAGACGCACCCACGUUAAGUGACGAUUAUAGCAGUAAGAAGAAGGCAAAGGUGGGCGAUGUGUUAAAGGGAGAUCCCUUUGAGGAAGGUGAAGAGGAUGGACAAACGAGGGGAGGGAAAAAUAAGGCCGAAGUGAGCUCAUACGACGAAGAGGAGAAUCCAGGUUCUGCACACAGCUGUGGUAACAAUCAAGAGAGUGACGCCAAACAGGGUGAUCACAGUAGUCAUGAGAGUAACAACGAUGAGGGGGAGAAGGAGGCGCAUAAUGAGCAGAACAGGAAUGAACAGAAAAGUGAUGGGGAAGAUAUCCCCAUGGAGGAACACCCCAAGGAAAGCGACCCAAAGUCCGAAACACCCCUUGGAAGCGGAAUACCAAUGGGGGAAGCCUCCUACCAAAGGGGUGCAGAAGCUGGCGGAGGCGAACCAGAAACCCAACUCCUAAACAAACUGACCAACGAACGAUACAGCGAAAGGUACCUCCAGCUGCUGGAAGAAAAGAAAAAACUUCCAGCAUGGAGUGCCAAAAGGAACUUCCUAAAGCUCUUUAAAAAAAACGACGUACUCAUUAUCGUAGGAGAUACGGGAAGUGGAAAGACAACACAGAUAUCGCAAUUUGUGUUGGAAUCCAAAUUUGCAGAAAAGAAGUCCAUAGCUGUGACGCAACCAAGGAGAGUAGCUGCCAUGAGUGUAGCAGCAAGAGUUUCAGAAGAAUUAGAUGUAGAACUAGGGACGUAUGUAGGGUACACCAUCAGGUUCGAAGAUCGGUCUAGUACAAAAACGGUCAUUAAAUAUCUGACGGACGGUAUGCUGUUGAGAGAAUCCAUGUAUGACCCCUUGUUAAAAAGAUACAACACAAUUAUUCUGGACGAAGCUCACGAGAGGACCUUAGCUACGGACAUCCUCUUCGGAGUUAUAAAAAACAUACAAGAGCAGAGGAACGAUUUGAAACUAAUUGUCAUGUCAGCAACACUAGAUGCGGGGAAGUUUCAGAAGUUUUUUACUGGCUCACAGAUAUUAAACAUCCCAGGGAGGCUAUACCCAGUGGAGAUUUUCUAUACCCUACAGGCAGAGAAGGAUUACAUAAGGGUAGUUAUCAGGACGGUAUACGACAUCCAUGUUAAUGAGGACGAUGGAGAUAUUCUUGUUUUCCUCACUGGAGAGGAAGAAAUCGAAAUGACGAAAAAGGAGAUUGAGAAGUUAGUUUCCAAGAAUAGCAGUGCCGGUCAGUUGGUAGUGUUACCCCUCUAUUCUUCAUUACCAUCGACACAGCAACAGAAAAUAUUCGAACCGGCACCCCCGCCAAGAUUUAAAGGAGACAAAAUGGGAAGGAAGUGUAUCCUAUCCACUAACAUCGCAGAAACGUCUCUCACUAUAGAAGGAAUCGUCUAUGUUAUCGACCCUGGGUUUUCAAAACAGAAAGUUUAUAAUCCAAGGGCAAGAGUAGAAUCUUUAUUGAUCGCUCCAAUUUCGAAAGCAUCCGCUCAGCAGAGAGCUGGAAGAGCAGGAAGAACAAAACCCGGAAAAUGUUUUCGCCUCUACACAGAAAAAUGUUUCGAGCAAACAUUACCCGAACAGACCUACCCAGAAAUUUUAAGAUCCAACUUAGGUUCUGUUGUCUUAAAUUUAAAAAAGUUAGGAAUCGAUGAUUUAGUUCAUUUUGAUUUUAUGGACCCACCGGCACCAGAGACGCUGAUGAGAGCCCUAGAACAGCUUAACUGCUUAGGGGCAUUAGAUGAUGAAGGAGAAUUAACACAGAAGGGACACUUCAUGUCUGAAUUUCCCGUAGAUCCCCAGCUAGCCAAAGUGUUAAUUGAGUCCCCAAAUUAUUCCUGCUCCAGUGAAAUACUAACCAUUGCAGCCAUGCUUUCUGUUCCUUACUGUUUUUUAAGGCCAAAAGUUAAAGGCAAAGAAGCGGACGAAAUGAAAACGAGAUUCUCACACCUAGAUGGAGAUCACCUAACUCUUAUGAAUGUGUUCCAUGUCUUCGUCAAGUAUCACCGAAUGGAUAUAAAUGCCUCUAAAAAAUUUUGUUAUGAUUAUUUUUUAAAUCAUCGAGCUAUGACAUCUGCCCAGAAUGUUAGAAACCAACUCAUCAGAACAAUGGAAAAGAUGGACCUAAAAAUUGUCUCUAUGAACCCAUCCAAUCCUGACUACUAUGUCAAUAUAAGGAAAGCCCUGCUCAGUGGGUUCUACCAGCAAGUGGCCUACAAAACUAGCAAAGGGUACUACAUCACGGUGAAGGACAUCCAAAUUGUCACUCUGCACCCUUCAACGGUCUUUCAAAUAAACCCUGAAUGGGUCAUGUAUCAUGAACUUAUAUUAACCACAAAGAAUUUCAUAAGGACAGUCUCCAAAAUUGAGGGGAAGUGGCUGCUUGAGAUUGCUAGAAGUUAUUAUGACUUGGACGACCUUCCAAACAGCGAGGCAAAGAAUGAAUUACGCAUGAUUCUUAGGAAGUCCUAA